CGAAGAGGGCGCGAGGGUGGCAGCCGGAGGGAGCCGCCGCCGCCCCUGCCCGCCCGGGUGCCCGUGGACCGCAUGGGGCGCUUCCAGCCGGGAUCGCUCGCGGGCCCCGCGCCCAGCUUGAGGCUGCCGUGAGUCGCCGUGCCGGGACGCCCCCCAGACCCCGAGCUGCCGGGAGGAUGACCAUGGCUGGGGGCAGGAAGGGACUGGUGGCCCCGCAAAACACGUUUCUGGAGAAUAUUGUCCGGCGGUCCAAUGAUACUAACUUUGUGUUGGGGAAUGCCCAGAUAGUGGACUGGCCUAUCGUGUACAGCAAUGAUGGAUUUUGCAAGCUGUCUGGCUAUCACAGGGCGGAAGUGAUGCAAAAAAGCAGUACAUGCAGUUUUAUGUAUGGGGAGCUGACCGAUAAAGAUACCAUUGAAAAAGUGCGGCAAACCUUUGAGAACUAUGAGAUGAAUUCCUUUGAAAUUCUGAUGUACAAGAAGAACAGGACACCUGUGUGGUUCUUUGUGAAAAUUGCUCCAAUUCGAAACGAACAGGAUAAAGUGGUUUUAUUUCUUUGCACUUUCAGUGACAUAACCGCUUUCAAACAGCCGAUUGAAGAUGAUUCAUGUAAAGGCUGGGGGAAGUUCGCUCGGCUGACCAGAGCACUGACGAGCAGCCGGGGUGUCCUGCAGCAGCUGGCUCCCAGCGUGCAGAAAGGCGAGAACGUCCACAAGCACUCCCGUCUGGCUGAGGUUCUGCAGCUGGGCUCAGACAUCCUUCCCCAGUAUAAGCAAGAGGCGCCAAAGACUCCCCCGCACAUCAUCUUACAUUACUGCGUUUUUAAGACCACGUGGGAUUGGAUCAUCCUGAUCUUAACCUUCUACACAGCCAUCCUGGUUCCUUACAACGUCUCCUUUAAAACCAGGCAGAACAACGUGGCCUGGUUGGUUGUGGAUAGCAUCGUGGAUGUCAUUUUUUUGGUGGACAUUGUGCUGAAUUUUCACACCACUUUUGUUGGACCCGCUGGGGAGGUGAUUUCUGACCCCAAACUCAUUCGCAUGAACUACCUGAAGACGUGGUUUGUGAUUGACCUUCUGUCCUGUUUGCCCUAUGACGUCAUCAACGCUUUUGAGAACGUGGAUGAGGGCAUCAGCAGCCUGUUCAGCUCUCUGAAAGUUGUCCGGCUGCUCCGCCUGGGACGAGUGGCCCGGAAGCUGGACCACUACAUCGAGUAUGGAGCUGCUGUGCUGGUCCUGCUGGUGUGUGUGUUCGGGCUGGCCGCUCACUGGAUGGCCUGCAUCUGGUACAGCAUCGGGGACUAUGAGAUCUUCGAUGAGGACACCAAGACCAUCCGCAACAACAGCUGGCUCUACCAGCUGGCCAUGGACAUUGGCACCCCUUACCAGUUUAACGGGUCCGGCUCAGGGAAGUGGGAAGGGGGUCCCAGCAAGAAUUCCGUCUACAUCUCCUCGUUGUAUUUCACCAUGACCAGCCUCACCAGCGUGGGCUUUGGGAACAUCGCCCCGUCCACAGACAUUGAGAAGAUCUUUGCCGUGGCCAUCAUGAUGAUUGGCUCCCUCCUCUAUGCCACCAUCUUUGGGAAUGUGACGACCAUUUUCCAACAGAUGUACGCCAACACCAACAGGUACCAUGAGAUGCUCAACAGUGUCCGGGACUUCCUGAAGCUCUACCAGGUGCCCAAGGGGCUGAGUGAGCGAGUCAUGGAUUACAUCGUGUCCACCUGGUCCAUGUCCAGAGGCAUUGACACGGAGAAGACUCUGACGUCCAGAACUUCAGAAGCGUCCCUCAGGCUGACCUGCUGCUCUGCUGUGAUGGUACCAUCAGAAGUCCUGCAGAUCUGCCCCAAGGACAUGAGAGCGGACAUCUGCGUGCACCUGAACCGCAAGGUCUUCAAGGAGCACCCGGCCUUCCGGCUGGCCAGCGACGGCUGCCUGCGGGCACUGGCCAUGGAGUUCCAGACGGUGCACUGCGCCCCCGGGGACCUCAUCUACCACGCGGGGGAGAGCGUCGACAGCCUGUGCUUCGUGGUCUCCGGCUCCCUGGAGGUGAUCCAGGAUGACGAGGUGGUGGCCAUUCUAGGGAAAGGAGACGUGUUUGGAGACGUGUUCUGGAAGGAAGCCACCCUUGCCCAGUCCUGUGCCAAUGUGAGGGCCUUGACCUACUGUGACCUCCAUGUGAUCAAGCGGGACGCCCUGCAGAAAGUGCUGGAAUUCUACACGGCCUUCUCCCACUCCUUCUCCCGGAACCUCAUUCUCACCUACAACUUGAGGAAGCGGAUCGUGUUCCGGAAGAUCAGUGACGUGAAACGGGAGGAGGAGGAGCGCAUGAAGCGGAAGAAUGAGGCCCCCUUGAUCCUGCCGCCCGACCACCCCGUCCGGCGGCUCUUCCAGAGGUUCCGCCAGCAGAAGGAAGCCAGGCUGGCCGCGGAGAGGGGCGGGCGGGACUUGGACGACCUGGACGUGGAGAAGGGCAGCAUCCUCACCGAGCACAGCCACCACGGCCUGGCAAAGGCCAGCGUCGUCACCGUCCGAGAGAGCCCUGCCACGCCCGUGGCCUUCCCGGCAGCCGCCACCCCGGCGGGGCUGGAUCACGCCCGGCUGCAGGCGCCUGGGGCCGAGGGCCUGGGCCCCAAGGCCGGCGGGGCCGACUGCGCCAAGCGCAAGGGCUGGGCCCGCUUCAAGGAUGCCUGCGGGAAGGCCGAGGACUGGAGCAAGGUGUCCAAGGCCGAGUCCAUGGAAACGCUCCCCGAGAGGACGAAGGCCGCCGGCGAGGCCACACUCAAGAAGACGGACUCGUGCGACAGCGGCAUCACCAAGAGCGACCUGCGUCUGGACAACGUGGGCGAGGCCAGAAGCCCCCAGGACCGGAGCCCCAUCUUGGCGGAGGUCAAGCACUCCUUCUACCCCAUCCCGGAGCAGACGCUGCAGGCCGCUGUCCUGGAGGUGAAGCACGAGCUCAAGGAGGACAUCAAGGCCUUGAGCACCAAGAUGACGAGCAUUGAGAAACAGCUCUCUGAGAUACUCAGGAUAUUAACCUCCAGAAGAUCCUCUCAGUCGCCUCAGGAGCUAUUUGAAAUAUCGAGGCCCCAGUCCCCAGAGUCAGAGAGAGACAUUUUUGGCGCAAGCUGAGAGGUCUGUUGUAAAAAAAAAGAAAAAAUCCAAGAUGACAAAAACCUACCGUCCUGCCCUAGACACCACCACACACACACCUACAUGACCAACAACCUUCAAAGUAGGCUUUUCCCAACAGAAAACGCAAGUGGGACCAGUCACUUGGGCUCGCUCGCUCUGGGGAGAGGCGUGUACCCCGACCCUGCAAGAUGGGAGCUGCGUCUGAACUCUCUCUGCAGAAUUUUGGAAGAGUGGGGGCAUGCCGUCUAAAGGGUAUUUUCCUUCAUUUUUAAUUUUUUCUUACUGCCAUGAUAUUUGUAACAACAUGAAAACUACCAGGAAAGAAACAGCAGCCGCUGGGGAUGGGUGGGACAGCAGCAAGGACCCCGCGUGUGUACUAGCACACUGGGCUUCUCUGCCAAGACCCCCAGAGACUGCGGUGGGCACAGGGAGUUCCCAGCAUUCCCUGUCCUUGGACAGCCUAUGUCUGAUGUCACCGUCUAUUUUUGUACCGUCGUCAUUUGUAACAAGCUUGGGACAAGGGGAGCUUGAGGGAGGGCAGAGCCUCUUGACUUCCUGUCUGUCUCGAACAGUUAAGGCUGAAAAGCAGCUGAGAUGGCUUUGGGUGCCUCCUCUAGACACUUAGAGCCAGGAAUCUUCAGGUCUGUUUUCCCCAAAGAGAUGAGCCAAGAACUGGAGACCGGCGGUGGGGAGCCAGAGACACUCUGGGCUGUGAUCUGCAGCCCUUAGCUGCUAAGGGAGCGCAGAAGGGGAGGGCCCUGUGGGCUCUAGAUGAAUCUCUGGCCUGGCUCCAUGCCACUGGCCACAUCACACAGGCCCUUUGCUUCUUUUCUUUCUUGACCUCUUCCUAAGUGUUCCUGUGGCAUUCCUCAGGGUACGGGGCAUCGGCAGGAAGGGUGAUGAGCCCGGAUUUGCUUUAUUAGCAAAAUAGACACAUAGACACUCACACACAAAACCUCAGUAAAAUGAUUGUAACAAGAGCAAUGUUUAUAUGAUGAUUCUCACUGGGACUGCCCCUAGAGAAGUUUGUAUUUUGUUCACUGCAUGGGUUCAUUUAUAGGACACUUGGGAGCUGUGCUUGGCCUUAUUUUAAAGCUAAUCUUUUUAUCUCAUAUGAAAGUCAGUAGGACUUGGAAAGAAACCAAGAGACUGCAGGUCUAUGACUGUACUUGCUUCAGGAGAGGAGAGAAAAAGAGGCAGGUGUUUCCAGAUUGUCUCUGUCAAGUGACAGAGAGGUGGCUGUGGAGCUGUGGUCUAUGAGGAAGGUCCCAGCUUAGAACGAUGAUCAUGGAGCUAGCUAUGGGCCAUCCACGUCCCUAAACUAUGAUGCUCAGAGAACACGGCACAGCCUCAGUCACCUGGGGUCACGUUUGUUCCUAUGCUUGGGCUCCUUUCAGGGGCAUCUGAGAAAGGAAAGAGGGAUCAUCAGGACCCUAAAAAUUGAUAAGCAAGUUUGGAAGUUCAGAAAACUCAGCUUGGAGAGAGCAGAGUUAGGAGGGCAAGUGAUCUGGACUGUGAGUGGGCAUGGGAUCAUCCAGGGCACUCACCUUUUGCACUCGUUGCCCUGUGGCAGUCCUGUGUGUUGCUGGCAUUGCUUUGCAGCAGAGAUAGAGGCUAGGUCCCAGUGGUGAUUUCCCUCAGUACCGAGGGGAACCUGCCAGGUCAGGACCUGCCGAACCAAGGAUGUCUAGCGUUUCUGAAGGCCGCCUGUCUGGGCCCACCUCCCCCUUCAGUCCCGCUCAGUGGCCACGGCCUGACCCAGGACUUGGACCUAAGUUGUCCCUGUGGAAUGGGGCUGUACUCACCCGGCUGCUGGCUUGGCACAGACUGCCCUGGAGAGCAGAGACUGAGGUCCAGGUGAGGGUCCUUCCUCAGGGGCCACACACACUUGUUCAGCUUCUCUCAGGAGGUUUACAUGGGUGCCCCCAGGCUUCCUGAGACAUUACUGGAUUUGGCCUCAGAUGGCAGCAA